AUGCCAGAAUCAGAUACACAAGAGCAGAAUGUGAAUAUCAAAAAAGACUUCAAAGUUUAUUGGAACGUGCCUACGAUGCAGUGCACUUCAAAGAAAAUACUGUUCCAAAACUUGUACGAAAAAUUCGGCAUCAUUCAGAAUAAUGGGGAUAGAUUUAAUGGAGAAAAAAUCACUAUUCUAUACGAACCAGGAGACUUUCCGGCAAUUUUUAAAAACGAAUCCAGUGGAAAGUAUAGAUUGAGAAAUGGAGGCGUUCCACAGGAGGGUAACUUGGAAGAACAUAUAGAAGCUUUUAGAAUUGAUUUAAAUCAAAGUAUUCCAGAUCCGAAAUUUGAUGGAAUUGGAAUAAUUGACUUCGAAUCGUGGAGACCGGUUUUUCGACAAAAUUUUGGAGUACUCGUUCCCUAUAAGGAUGUUUCAAUUGAGAUUGAAAAGCAAUUACACUGGUGGUGGCCAAAGACAUGGAUACAGGCACAGGCCACCGAAAGAUUCGAGGUAGGAGCAAGAAGGUUCAUGCAGACAACUCUAUCGAUAGCAAAACAAAUGCGACCUAAAGCAUUAUGGGGCUACUACGGAUUCCCACACUGUUUCAACAUGGCUAGCAAUAAUAUGAAGGAAACAUGCGCUAAGAAUGUACCAGAAGAAAAUGAUAGUAUCUAUUGGCUCUGGUCAGAAAGCACCGCCAUCUUCCCUUCAAUAUACAGUUCUGUCUCACUCUCUUCUGCCCAACUCUCUUCUCUCAUUAAUGGAAGAGUGAAAGAGAGCGUUAGAGUGAGAUACAAAAACACUCCAGUAUUGCCCUAUUUCUGGUUUAGAUACCGCGAUGCGGGAUUCAUGAAACAGGAAGACCUAUCAGUGGCUCUCAGUACAUUGUACCAGUCGAAAGCAUCUGGUUUAAUAAUAUGGGGCAGCUCAAAUGACGUGAAUACUGUUGACAAAUGUAAGAAGCUUUAUAACUACGUAGAAACUGUACUCGGACCGAAAAUAGCGAAAUAUACGAAACAGAAUGUGUUUAAAGAUGAAAUUAAUAACGAAUUUAACGAUACAUUAACAACGGUCGAGCCUUCUACUACGGAAAUUCCUGAAAAUACAACAAAUUCUAUAAAAAUGGGACAAAUAGAUCCUGAAUAUGAUUGGAUUCCACCAAAAAAUUACACUGAGGACAUAUCACAACAAGUCGAUGAGGAACUGACAAAAAAAGGCUUCAACAGAACUGAAAAUAACGAAGUGGAUGUCUUAAGUUCAGGGGCUGAUAUAGAUUUUCUAUAUGACGCUCUGCUGGAUGUUGAAAGCAAUGGAGAAGACAAAAAUAUUGAGGUAACAACUAGGAGUGCUAACAGUGAAGAAAGUUAUCAAAGCACUAGUGUUACUAGCAAUGAUUUAAAAGAUGAAAUGUUUGAAGUAUCCGAAGAUUCUACUCAAGAGACAUCUACAAUAGUAGCAGAAGUCACAACUAAUGAUGAAAAUAAUAUUCAUUUAACCCAUUCUUCAACAGACGUAACUGAAUAUACAGAAAAUUAUACAAACGUAGAAAUAACCAAUGAAUACAUUGAUAAAUAUGAAACAACACAGCUUAGUACGAAUACAGAAUCUGAAAAUCAUCAACCAACAGAAGAUAGUUUUUACGAUCUUAGUAACAUUUUCAGUUCCAGUGAAGAGACAUCAGAUUACUUGAUAAAAGUUGAAAAAAUUAACGCCACCAGCGAAGAAACUUCGAGUAAUUAUUCUGAUAUGGAGAACACAAGUGACUAUAGUGAUUAUUUCAUAGUUCUAAGAGAUUCUAAUAUGAAUAAAACUAAAUCACAAACAAGGAAGGUCCUCAAACAAAAAGAUAAAGAAGACUUUAGUGGAGUGACGGAAAAUUCAGAUCAGGUUGUGACAUACGUUUAUGGAAAAUGA